GUGAAUAUUUGAAGGCCGAGUCAUUUCAAACAGGAAACAGAUCAUUGUGAAGAGGCAUGGCAUCCUGAAAUCCAUUUGUAUAUUGUUUAUCUGUCACUCCACUUGGUGUGUGAAGCAUUAGAUAGUUACAGUAUGUCUUGAAGUCCAUGGGUCUUCCUGAAAUUUUCCACUGUUAACAUUGAAAGUACCUGAAAAUACCUAUGAAUGCUGUUACUUUUCCAGGUGUCUGAGGAGCACAUCAUUUCUUCAGCUGAAGAAUGUCAACCACCUUACUAUGAGCAUAUUGAGGAGAAUGAGUACUUAUUUAACAGAAAGAAGAAAAUCAACAAGGAAGUGCGCAGAAUGCAGUGUGAUUGUACCUUAGAUCCUGAUGAUCCAUGUUCUAGUGGUUGUGGCAAGGACUGUCUGAACAGAUUGUUGAUGAUAGAAUGGGCUGUAAAGUGAAAGUUGAAGUGUUUAAAACAGAGAAGAAAGGCUGGGAAUGGAGAACUCUUGAAGAUCUGGAAUUGGAUCAGUUUGGUAUGGAGUACUGUGGAGAAGUCAUGAACUAUAAAGAUUUCCAGGAAAGAGCAGAGCAUUAUGAUAGAGAAAACAGAAGACACUACUAAUUCAUGACAUUGAAAGCUGAUGAGCUAAUUGAUGCCACCUACAAGGGGAACUUGUCUCAGUUUAUCAACCACAGCUGUGACUCAAACCGUGAAACUCAAAAGUGGACUGUCCAUGGCUUGUUGAGGAUUGGAUUUUUUACUCAGAGACCUAUCCCAGCUGGUGCAGAGCUCACGUUUGAUUACAAACUGCAGCAUUAUGGGAAAGUUGCUCAGAUUUGCCAUUGUGAAGCACCAAAUUGUCGUGGAUUUAUUGGAGGAGACAAGCAAACACCUCUGAAGAACACAGUGGAAAGAAUAACAACCCCACCUAUCACAAGCUCACCAAGGAGGAGACGUAAAAAGCAAACAAGGAAUUUGUCAAAUGAAUUUGAUGAAAUGAAUUUUGUAUUUUGCAAAAGUCAAUGGAAAACACGAAAACAAUAAUAAAUCUCGCAAAAUAAGCGAGAACAAAUUGGAACGUUCAUAGAAAUUUGUACAAGGAUACGAAGAGAGGGAAAAGGAAACCGAGAGAAUUUUCAAACACAAAGCUUAUUCAAGUACAGGAAGUUUACCGAAUACCGAAGAAAACUGCAACUCCAGCCAAGCAAGACCGUGUUGCCGAGUUGUUAGUCGCAGCUAGCCCAGCAGGAAGUGGUGACGAUGAUCAUGCUAGGUGAGACAACAAAUUGAAUAAGAGAUUGAAAAAAAGAAC